UCACCGUUAAUGAUUAAACGCGGCACGUGAACGAAAGAGAAGAGCGCAAUUGACAACUCAAAGCAAUGCACAGUGACAGUUCAUUGUGAGAAGGGCUAUGUAAUUCGCCACACGUCUAUUCCAAUCACUCUACAGCCGACAUAGAUACGACAGGACUGCAACAACGCAUAACACUUGACGUUUUGACCCGACGGGGGCAACAUAAACAAUCGCUGUUACAAAGUUCACGUGUCGAGGCAGCUUUUAUAAAGUAAAAAGCCACAGUUAAGCGCAGUAAAUCCGCAAAACAAAACGCACAUUCUGUGGGUGCGCAGGCCACAAAAUAUAAAAGGAAAGGCGUUGUUGGUUGAACAAAAAAGGUUGAAAACACACAAAUGAAGAACAAAAAUGGAGAGAACUUAAACAAGUAUAUAGCUCGGUGGAAAAUAUGUAAAUAUUAGUGAAAGGGCAUUUAUAUAAUUGUAUAAGUAUAUGAAUUAAAGUUGAAAGUGAGAUAAUAUGCUAAAUAAAGAAGCAGAACGUGAUUGCGAAUGACAGGAUAAUAAAGGAAAUUUCGCGCAGCGCAUUAAAUUGAAUAAUAUUAUUAUGAUUACGGUUGUCAACAACGGCAGCAACGAAAAGACCAACCGGAAUCAAUAAAAAGUACAACGAAACCGACAACGGUAAAGGCAUUAGAAAGGAGCAAACACAAACAGAGACAUCAAGCUGAGCAAGACUAAGACAUAAUUGAAAUUGAAGUGGGUCUACACGGGCGACGACAGUGAAGUACAGGGAUUGACAAGGCAGCCGACCAAAGACAGCACCAAAGGAAGUGAGAGAGUACUGUAAGGCAAGAUGCAAAAGCUACCAAUGACAAUAUUGGCCAGCACAUGGCUAUUAUGGCACGCAGCAGCCAUGGCAGGACACAUAAAUAAACGUAGCUACUCUGAUCAAAGCGUGCAUGGCUAUCAGGCGGAGCGCACCUGCUGGUGGAAUGAGGUGUGCAAAGAAGAAUUUCAAAAUCUCUUUCGCUGCAAGUGUCCACAAUUCUCAUACUGCCGCUCACCGGGACGCUAUUAUAAUGCGUAUUGUUCAAUGACUGACACCGGUUACAUAUGGACACAGCCAACAUGGGACUGGGUACCAUGAACAUCUUCAAACGCCGGUUUACUGCCUACAUAGUAUAUAAUAAAUAAAUAUAUAUAUAUUUAAGUGCUAAGCACACCUACACAUAUAAGUACAUAUGCAUGAAUAGUUACAUAUGUCUGUAGGUCCUAAAAUAAUCGGAAAAAGAACAAUGGUAGGUAGUCAUCAAAAAAUACAUAUAUAUGCAUACGUAUUUAUGUAUAUACAUAAAGUGCUUAAAGCACAUAUCUGCGUUAAAAUGGUGCUUAAAAUACCGACACAUACACAAAUAUAAGACUCAUAUGUAUGUAUAGUAUGUAUUAUACAAAUAUGUAUACAAAACACAUUAUACCCCUAUAUGGUAUAUACACAUAUAUGUAUUUCAUUUGGUUGUAUUAUUUACUAACCUCUUCUUCAAAGUAUACUUGAACUUUUGCUCUUCAGUUUCUUUAUUAUACUUAUCUCCUUGCACUAUUCAAAUUUAAAAACAUAGUUGCAAAAGGCAUUAACAAUAAUAUACUUUAUACAUACUUACUCUAAAAAAAUAUAUGUAUGUACACUAGGGCGAUCCUUAAAUGUAGGGAGCAAAUUUUUACAUAAGAUUUUCUAAGCCUCAACCCCUACGUCGAUGCAACUACAAUCGAAGAAAUCACAUAUCAAUUUUGGUCCCGAUUGGAGAUGAUACUUUAGUAGUAUCGAUUUUGGGCAUUUAUUGAAAAAAAUAUUUUUAAUUUUUUGAAUCUCCAUAGAGGCAUCUGGCUUUUGACCACUUUGCGACACGCCGUAACCGCCUCCAAUCGGGACUAUGGUGGUACCGAUUUUGGGAAUCAAAUUCAAAAAAUAAUCAUUUUUAUUUUUUGAGUCUCUAUAGAGGAAUCUGAACUUUGGCCCC